GAGGAUGUAUCAGAAGUCGACUGAGAAGACGAUGACGAGGGAUUCUGGAAGAGCUUUGCAAUGUCUGCUCUGGACGGUUUAGACGUAGAUGCGGUUGAUGUUACGGCCAUCGAGGGCAGCGCAUUGGAGUUGGAGGGUGUUGACGACCGGGAAGGUCACGGAGGCUGCUUCAACGAUCCUGUGACACGUGCGAAAGCUGAAGUUUUGCCGUUGAGAUGGUUAGAAGCCGUAGCAGAGGUAAAAUCCGGUAAAGCCUUCCGCGGCGUCCUCUGGAUCCUGGGCGAGUACGUCGAAGGCCUGUCAGACAUCCAGGCCACAUUCCAGGACAUCCGCAAAGUGCUUGGCGAGAUCCCUAUCUUUGCGAGCGAGCAGCAGUUACUGGACGAGGCUGGCGGAGAGGAGGACAAGAAGGAGGGCAAGAAAGUCGAGGGAAGCGGGCGGCCAAAGGUACUUGCUGACGGGACAUAUGCGAUGGAGACGGCGUACACCAGCGCCACCUCAACGAGAUUAGAGGCUGUCAAGGCUGCGUCCAAGCCGCCAUUGAGUGCCCUCAUAUUGGGAGGCGACUUUUUCACGGGUUCGGUACUCGCCUCGGCGCUGACGAAGCUCGUGUUGCGAUUCGAUGACCUUACAAACGACCAGCCAAAGGCCAACGCUCCUCGUGCUGAGCAUUCACCGACGCCCACCCAGUCCAUGUUGAUCAUGACGUCUACUAUCCGCGUCGGCCAGUCAAAGUUUGUCGCGGUACCGAUCGACGAGGAUUUCAACGAGCGUAUUCUUAAUUGCAUACAAACCCUAAGCGAGCUCCAGGAAAAGUUCAUUGUUCACGAUAUCUUCUUGAAGGACACAAAAGCGGCAUACCCCAAGGUGCUCGUCGCUCAGACAUUCAGCGCACUACAGUCGUAA